CUAUUUAUGUGCUGUUUAUUCAUUCUGCUACUGACAGGAAUUUAGGCUGUUUCCAAUUUUCUGCUAUUACAUAUAAUGCUUCAAGCACACAUGCAAUAUAUUUCUUUAUGGGUUUUAAGUUAUGCAAUUUCAUCUUUACUUCAUCUCUUCUAGUUGAGAAUUGCUCUCCGGGGUAGUUGUACCAAAUGGUACUUCUACAAACAAUGUGUGAGAGUUCCUUUUACUUCAUCCGCACCAACAUUUGGUAUUUAAUAAGAUUUUUCUUUUCACCUUGCACUUUUUGCAAAUCAUAAGGCUUUUUAAUUUUACAAAUCUGACGCGUACAAAAUGGUAACACUGAUUUCACUUGCAAGUUCUUGAUUAUUAAUGAAUGAGAAUCUUUUCACGUGUUUACGGGCUAUAUGCGUUUCCUAUUUUGAGAACUACCUAUUUUUCAAUUCAUCUGUCCUUGUAUUUUGUAAAGUUCUCAGUUAUAUGAGCUACAAAUUUUCUAAUGUUUUUAACUUUAUUGUUUCUUUCGCAAUACACAAGUUUUAAAUUUUGGUCAAGUUUAUCAGUAUUUUCCUUUGCAGUUUAUACUUUGUACUUUGUUUGGUGUUAGGAAUAUUCUCUCAUUUUUAUCCUAAAAGAAUUUUGGAGAUUUGCUUUUCAUAUUUGGGAUAUAAUUCACCUAGAAAUAAAUUUUGUGUCUAAUGUAAGAUGGAUCUAAUUUUUUAAACAGUUAACUGUGUAAACACAAUUUAUUCAAUAUUCUACUCUUUCCCUACUGAUCUGAAACACUACAUCAGAUAUUUACAGUUUCCAUAAACACAUAUGUGGAUCAUUUCUAGACUCUGCUUCAUUAAUCUGCCUGUCCCUGCACUUGAAGCCAUGUGGUAUAACUGUUACAGUUUUAUAGGAAGUAGGGCAAUUUCUGCUUUAUUUUUCUUUAAAAUUCUAUUGGUUUUUCUUAGUCACUUAUUCUUCCAUAUAAAUCUUAAUAUCGACUUAUCAAGUGUUAUACUACACCCCACUGGAAUUUUAUUUUAUUUACGUUUUUUGAGACAGGGUCUCAUUCUGUUGCCCAGGCUGGAGUACAGUGGUGAGAUCACAGUUUACUGCAGCCUCGACUUCUGGGCUCAAGCGAUUCUCCCAACUGAGCCUCUUGAGCAGCUGGGACUACAGUCAUACACCUCAACGCCUGGCUAAUUUUUUUGUCUUUUUUUUAGCGAUAGGGUUUUGCCAUGUUGGUCAGAACUCCCAGGCUCAAGCGAUCCUCCCACCUUGGCCUCCCAAUGUGCUGGAAACACCGGCAUACCCACCGUACCUGGCCCCCUAUUGGAAUUUUAAUUAAAACUACAUUUAUAGAUUAAUAAGGAUAAUGUGUUUCAUUAAAUUUUCUUAGAUCUUUCAAUAAAGUUUUAUAAUAUCUUAGAGACCUCAGAAAUCGUUUAUUCCUGAGUACCUCAUUUUCAAUCCAAACUCUUGAUCUCAUUAUACUUGUUAAAGCUCAGCUAGGAUAUCACAUACUACUACAAAUAUUUCUCUGAUUUUUCAGGCUCAUUUGGAUGCUCCUCCUCCUAUGCUUUUGGAUUUAUUUAUUCAUUCUUUGUUUAAUAUGACCAAAAGCCGGGCAUAGAGGGUACACUGGUGAAUAAAAUGACAAUCCCUUCAUGGAGCUUUCGUUCUAAUAGGAGAGACAGAACAAUAAACACUCAUAAUUCAAGGUGAUACAUGCUAUUAUAGGGGAAUUACACUGUGCUAUGGGAAUACAGAAGAGAAAUACCUAACUCAGACUUGGGGGAUGGCUGGUUUGGGGGAGAAGGGUGUCAAACACUGCUUCUCAAGGAAGUAACAUGUAGACUGAAACCUGAACUAGUAAUUGAAAAGCCUCCUAACUGGCUUCUCAGAUUAGUUUUUUCUCCUCUAUCUAUUCUCCACACUGCUACCAGAGGUCUCUUUCAUCGAUAUUAAGCAUCAUUUUCCACAUGGCAGGCCGAACAGACUGAUGGAAUCCAAACCACACUUCCUUGCCCCCUCCCAGAGGGUGGUCAUAUCCUUCUGGAGCAGAGAAAAAUGAACGCCCCACAGGCGUGUAUUUCAUGGAGGGCAGAUGUCGUAGCACCACAUCAACGGCAUGGACAGGGUUAGUGCUGAUUGGCUUGUCUAAUUCCAGUGGCUCAGGCAAGGUCCGUCCUGUCAGUACUUCAUGCAGUAGGUGCCAACUCACCCGAGAGACAAAUUUGAUUGACACCUUGAAAGGUCGAUCUUUUCCACCUUCCCCAGGUAAAGUAACGUCUAAAUCUACCCCUGCAGUUGCCACAGGAAGUGGAUUGGCUGUGUAAAGACUUUUUUUUCCAUCAUAAACUGGUCUAUGGUCUCCAAAUAGUUACUUUAAAAUGCUGAAUCAUUGAGUCAACCACCUCCCUGUUCACUCUCCUAGGACACUUGUCUGGUUUAGUAUCUACCUCAUAGAGGUAGACAUCAAUCUUUGGGAUUUCAACUUGAAAACAGUUAGCCAGCAGUUUAAUGGGUUUGCCCAUGGUGCCAUAGCGAGGUCUUCUGGGCCCCAUGAAUAGGGGCUGGGCCCCAGCGGGUCCUGCGGAGCCGAUUUCCAUUCAUGGAGCUGGGGGGAGUGCUUCGAGGGAGAGUGGAGCCCGCCACUGGGGGCAAGAAGGCGGCCCGGGGGGCGACGCGGCGCGACGCGGCAGGCACUCUCACUCGGCCCCGAGGCGGGGGCGGCGACGGCUUCCCCUGAGCAACCGCACUCCGAAAGCUCUGGGCCGGAAGAGUCGCGGACGGAAAACGGCACGGGACUAGGCGAGAGGAAGAGGAGAUGUGAGGCGCGGACAGAGGGGAGUCCUGUCCGGAAGUUGCAUCGCCCGCGGCAGCCGACGCUCCCACCGUUCCUCCACGACUGCGGGCCACCGCCGCCAACAUAACCGUAUUAUUCUAAGUCAGCAGUCCACUAAUACAUUGUAGCUCGACAUUUUGGCACCAGCCCCUAAAACGUUCCCACCACCACCCCUGCUGCGACAAAGCACUACGCUCCUUACGACAGCGUACGACGCCGAGCCUGACAGAGACGCCGAGCCUGACAGGGACGCCGAGCCUGACAGGGACGCUGAGUCUGACGGGAACGCCUCGUGCGGUAGAACCGCGCGGGCCAAUCGCGCUGCUCCCGGGCGAUGACGUAGGCUGCGCCUGUGCAUGCGCAGGGCGGGGAGACCUUGGCGAAGCGGCGGAGGCGUCCAGCGGAGGUGAAAGCAUUGGCGGAAAGGAAAAUACAGCGGAAAAAUGCAGAGCUGGAGUCGUGUGUACUGCUCCUUGGCCAAGAGAGGCCAUUUCAAUCGAAUAUCUCAUGGCCUACAGGGACUUUCUGCAGUGCCUCUGAGAACUUAUGCAGAUCAGCCAAUUGAUGCUGAUGUAACAGUUAUAGGUUCUGGUCCUGGAGGAUAUGUUGCUGCUAUUAAAGCUGCCCAGUUAGGCUUCAAGACAGUCUGCGUUGAGAAAAAUGAAACACUUGGUGGAACGUGCUUGAAUGUUGGUUGUAUUCCUUCUAAGGCUUUGUUGAACAACUCUCAUUAUUACCAUAUGGCCCAUGGAAAAGAUUUUGCAUCUAGAGGAAUUGAAAUGUCCGAAGUUCGCUUGAAUUUAGACAAGAUGAUGGAGCAGAAGAGUACUGCAGUAAAAGCUUUAACAGGUGGAAUUGCCCACUUAUUCAAACAGAAUAAGGUUGUUCAUGUCAAUGGAUAUGGAAAGAUAACUGGCAAAAAUCAAGUCACUGCUACGAAAGCUGAUGGCGGCACUCAGGUUAUUGAUACAAAGAACAUUCUUAUAGCCACGGGUUCAGAAGUUACUCCUUUUCCUGGAAUCAUGAUUGAUGAAGAUACAAUAGUGUCAUCUACAGGUGCUUUAUCUUUAAAAAAAGUCCCAGAAAAGAUGGUUGUUAUUGGUGCAGGAGUAAUAGGUGUAGAAUUGGGUUCAGUUUGGCAAAGACUUGGUGCAGAUGUGACAGCAGUUGAAUUUUUAGGUCAUGUAGGUGGAGUUGGAAUUGAUAUGGAGAUAUCUAAAAACUUUCAACGCAUCCUUCAAAAACAGGGGUUUAAAUUUAAAUUGAAUACAAAGGUUACUGGUGCUACCAAGAAGUCAGAUGGAAAAAUUGAUGUUUCUAUUGAAGCUGCUUCUGGUGGUAAAGCUGAAGUUAUCACUUGUGAUGUACUCUUGGUUUGCAUUGGCCGACGACCCUUUACUAAGAAUUUGGGACUAGAAGAGCUGGGAAUUGAACUAGAUCCCAGAGGUAGAAUUCCAGUCAAUACCAGAUUUCAAACUAAAAUUCCAAAUAUUUAUGCCAUUGGUGAUGUAGUUGCUGGUCCAAUGCUGGCUCACAAAGCAGAGGAUGAAGGCAUUAUCUGUGUUGAAGGAAUGGCUGGUGGUGCUGUGCACAUUGACUACAACUGUGUGCCAUCAGUGAUUUACACACACCCUGAAGUUGCUUGGGUUGGCAAAUCAGAAGAGCAGUUGAAAGAAGAGGGUAUUGAGUACAAAGUUGGGAAAUUCCCAUUUGCUGCUAACAGCAGAGCUAAGACAAAUGCUGACACAGAUGGCAUGGUGAAGAUCCUUGGGCAGAAAUCGACAGACAGAGUACUGGGAGCACAUAUUCUCGGACCAGGUGCUGGAGAAAUGGUAAAUGAAGCUGCUCUUGCUUUGGAAUAUGGAGCAUCCUGUGAAGAUAUAGCUAGAGUCUGUCAUGCACAUCCGACCUUAUCAGAAGCUUUUAGAGAAGCAAAUCUUGCUGCAUCAUUUGGCAAAUCAAUCAACUUUUGAAUUAGAAGAUUAUAUAUAUUUUUUUCUGAAAUUUCCUGGGAGCUUUUGUAGAAGUCACAUUCCUGAACAGGAUAUUCUCACAGCUCCAAGAAUUUCUAGGACUGAAUUAUGAAACUUUUGGAAGGUAUUUAAUAGGUUUGGACAGAAUGGAAUACUCUUAUAUCUAUAUUUUACAUAAAUUUAGUAUUUUGUUUCAGUGCACUAAUAUGUAAGACAAAAAGCUACUUAUUGUAGCAUCCUGGAAUAUCUCUGUCAACUCAUAUUUUCAUGCUGUUCAUGAAAGAUUCAAUGCCCCUGAAUUUAAAUAGCUUUUUUCUCUGAUACAGAAAAGUUGAAUUUUACACGGAUGGAGCUAGAAUUUGAUAUGUGAACAGUUGUGUUUGAAGCAAAGUGAUCAAGUUAUUUUUAAUUUGGUUUUCACAUUGGAAACAAGUCAGUCAUUCAAAUAUGAUUCAAAUGUCUAUAAACUGAACUGAUGUAAGUAAAUGGUCUCUCACUUGUUUUAUUUAACCUCUAAAUUCUUUCAGUUUAGGGGUAGAAUUUGUGUUUAAGAGGUUUUUAAGGUUCCAUUGUUGUCUACAACUCUGAAGGGUAAUUAUAUAGUUACCCAAAUUAAGAGAGUCUAUUUACAGAACUCAAAUAUGUGGGGAUUCAAAUGUAUUACAGUGGGGAAUGAAGAUACUGAAAUAAAUAUCUUAAAUAUUCA